AUGUGUGGAACUUUCAUCCUUUUUAUUCGACAUAUUUUGCCAAAAUUAUCAGACGAACAUGAUUGGUUUUUCCAUGUUCGAGACAUUCUUCAUCGUGCAUAUAUGAAAAAGGAACUUACUGAAAAUGAGCAAAAUUUGGUUGAAAAAGUUGAGCAAGAGACCACUUCUAAAUACUUUACUACUGAUCAAUGGCGUUGUCUACUUAAUUUAAAUGCGAGUAUGGACGAGCUAUGUAGCCACUACUCAAUGGAUCCAGAUAAACUAUCAAAAGAAGUAAAAAAUCUUGCGUCAGAAUGGCUUGAAGGUGAUGCACGACAAACUGUAGAAGCACUUAUCAAAGCUAUGCAGAAUUCUAUACCAUUAAAUAAAUCCAAAUGA